AUGGCUCCGCGGGAGUCCUGGGACGCAAGGGCCCGGCUUGGGCUAACGACAGCCGCGGGCCGAGGUCCGCGUACCCUUGCCGGCCCGCCGCCGGGCUACGUGGAGCGGCCGCGGCACCUGAACGAGCUGCGCCGCAGACCGAUCGACGGCCCCGCCCCGCUCCGGAGACCCGCGGACCUCGGCUCCGCUCGCUCGGGAGCGCACCGCCCGGCCCUCCGCAGAGCUCUCUGCCAGCCGUCGGUGCCGCGCCGGCCCAGGGCUACCUCAGGCCCGCUCGUGCGCCGCCUUCAGGGCGGGGCGAGCCUCCCUGAUUUCCCCAGCACCGCCCAUCUCCCGCCACUCCGCGUCUGGGUCCCGCCCCCAGGACCGCCCAGUCUCCCCCCUCCUGUAACCAACGCCUCCUAUCCUGUCAGUGCAGUCCGACACCCCCAGCACUCCCCAAGCUCCUCACCUCCCCAACCCUCUCCACACCACCACGGCCAGAGCCUCCCACCCUGA